AUGUCACAUCCGGCUGCAAGCAUCAAAUCUAUCUUCAGCGGGAAGGUCAAUUUGACCGACUCUGGGUUGGCUGAUGUGAGUGACUGUAAUGAUGGUUCUGGUUCUUUUAGAGAUACUACCCAAAGCGAAACUUCUGAGCUUACUGGGGAUUUGGCUAGGAAAAUUACCAGCACGAAGAGUUACCACUCAGACGAUGAUCUUUAUUCAGAGCUGUCGUACCAUGAACUGCCCACCAACAACCAGCUUAGGAACCCUGCCCCUUUAAUAAGCACUAACGCUGCUAGUGAUAACGACAAUUACAGCGUGAGUUCCAGAAACUUGAAGCUUAUGAUGAUGCAAAAGGGCGAAGUUUACGAUCCACAUAACUCCUCCACGAAUAUAUCAUUGGCUUCUAGCGGGAGCGACUAUCAGGCACCUCUACCCAAUGAUACUGCGACGUGCAAUAGCGAUAACAACAGCCAGAAUGGGGCAUUUCUUAGUGAAAGUUUUUCCAGACCACUCUCCAGAAACUCAACCACUUCCUGCCUCUCCACAACCGCUACCAAAGAUGGCGUUGAAGGCAAGAAGCUACAUCGCCAUGGACCUACCCCAUACUUUUCCAGCGUGAUUGCUAACAUGCUCCAGCAGCAGCAGAAUCAACAACAGCAGCAGCAACAACAACAGCAACAACUAUCAAACCCACAAGAUCGCCCGAAUGAUAACCACCAUACCUUUAACCCACCCCAACCGCCUCCGAAUGAGACUGCCAACCCUCAUCCACGGAAGCAACAGACCGCUGUUCCUGAUCUUGUAGCUCUGCCAGUUGAUGACUUUCUGAGCGUUAUCUCACAGGCGAAUGGAGAGCAAGGUAACGAGCAGCGGGUGAAUGAUUACGACUCCUUAGGCCUUCCUCCAGUGACAUUGAAAGAGAAGAUGAUGUUGCUCAACCCAGACCUGACAAGGCCUUGA